AUGUCUUCCAAGCCUACUCGCGGUUGGGAUGCCGCUUCCCACGAGGACCUCCUUCUUGCUAUUCUGGAGGAGAUCAAGCCCAGCAAGGCCAUUCUCACCAGUGUCGCCGACAAGAUGCGCGAAAAGGGUUACUCUUAUUCCUAUGAUGCCAUCAACCAGCAUGUCCAGAAGCUUCGCAAGAACCGCGACACCUCUGCUAUCCAGAACUCCGGUGCUGAGCCUUCCACCCCUCGAAAGCCCCGCGGCGCCGAUGCUUCUGGUACCAAGACUCCUGCCAAGCGUACCCCUAAGCGAAAGGCUCCCAAGUCUGCUGACAUCGCCGAUGAUGAAGACGAUCUUGAGGAUAUGAAGUUGCAGCUCAAGAUGGAAACUGCCGACGACGACAUCCUGUCCCCCAAGAGUCUCAAGCGUGCCAAGGUUGAGCACGACGAUGAGGAUGAGCUCAACAGCGGCGAAGCCUAA